AAACAAGAAACUCUAAGAUCUCCUUUCUGUUGUUCCAGAAAUUAAACAAAAAAAAAAAACAAAAAAAAACAACACCAUUAAAUAGUUAUAGAUUGCGGAGUAGAGCUAAGAGCCCCCACGAAAAAGUCAAAGCUAAGCAACAAAAGCCUAAAGUUGCUGUCGAAGAAACAGUAUUAAAUUUUAAGAAAGGCAAGAAUUCAAUUCAUACAAAAACUCUCUCUAUAUAUAAUAGGAAGAGGGAAAGCCAUACUCUACUAAGGAGAAAGGAAACUGAGAGGAAAAGCCACUCUGGGUCUCUCUGAUUUUCCCUUCUCUUCCUUUCCUAUAUACGCUUUUUUCUUAGGUUCAGUUCGAACGCUGUUUUUAUUCGACAUUUGAAGAUUCAAUCUCAAAGCUGCGGGUUUUUUUUUUCAUCUGUCUUUUGUCUACCAUCAUGCGUUUUCAAGCCUUUGGUUUUUUCGUCAUCAGAUGGGAAUCAAACACUUUUUUUUUCCUACUUAAACUAUUUGGUUUCUACUACGAGUUUGUGUCUGCUUCAACUUUAAUGCUCAUUUGUUAUUUAAUUUGCUGACUGGCUUUUAAUAUUUUUGCUUUUUAAGUUGAAUCAGAUACGGUAGAGAAGAAAAAGAACGUAUGAUGGGAUCUAAUUCCGGGCAGCCGCAGUUCAUAGCUAGCACCGGCAACCGGAGUUUCUCAAAUGCCCCGCUGAUUCAGAAUGCAGAUACUAAUCAAAUUGUGGUGCCUGACCGGAAAAGCUGGAAAAACUUUUUUGCGUACAUGGGUCCUGGAUUCCUUGUUUCAAUUGCAUAUAUCGAUCCUGGAAAUUUUGAAACUGAUCUUCAAGCCGGAGCGCAGUACAAAUAUGGGUUACUUUGGAUCAUAUUAGUGGCUUCAUGUGCUGCUCUUGUUAUUCAGUCCCUGGCUGCCAAUUUGGGUGUUGUCACAGGGAAGCAUUUAGCAGAGCACUGUAGAACUGAAUAUCCUAGAGGCCCAAACUUCGUGUUAUGGGUUCUUGCUGAAAUCGCUAUUGUUGCAUGUGAUAUUCCUGAAGUGAUUGGCACAGCCUUUGCGUUAAACAUGCUCUUCAACAUCCCAGUUUGGAUUGGUGUCCUAUUGACGGGGCUCAGUACAUUGGUUCUUCUAGCAUUGCAGCAAUAUGGGGUUAGGAAACUUGAGUUUUUAAUCGCUUUUCUUGUACUUACAAUUGCUGGGUGCUUUUUUGCGGAGAUGAACUAUGCGAAGCCUGUGGCUAGUGAAGUUCUUGAUGGGCUUUUUGUUCCUCAACUCAAAGGAAAUGGUGCCACCGGUCUAGCAAUUUCACUCCUUGGGGCUAUGGUUAUGCCGCACAACCUCUUUCUCCACUCUGCACUGGUGCUUUCCAGGAAAAUCCCUCGAUCCGUCCGGGGCAUUAAGGAGGCUUGCAGAUUUUAUAUGAUAGAAAGUGGCUUCGCUUUAAUGGUGGCAUUUCUCAUUAACAUAUCAGUUAUCUCUGUAAGUGGUGCAGUUUGCAAUUCAUCAAAUUUGAAUCAAGAAGAUCAGGAUAGUUGUGAAGAUUUAGACCUGAACAAGGCCUCAUUCUUACUAAGAAAUGUCUUAGGCAGUUGGAGUUCAAAACUUUUUGCAGUUGCUUUGCUGGCAUCAGGUCAGAGUUCUACUAUAACGGGAACAUAUGCUGGCCAAUAUGUAAUGCAGGGCUUUCUUGAUUUACGACUAACACCAUGGAUCCGGAACAUGCUUACUCGGUGCUUGGCAAUUGUCCCUAGUUUAAUUGUUGCCAUCAUUGGUGGCUCUGCUGGGGCUGGAAAGCUAAUUAUCAUUGCUUCAAUGAUAUUAUCCUUUGAGCUACCUUUCGCACUCAUUCCGCUUCUCAAGUUCACCAGCAGUAAGACGAAAAUGGGAGCAUAUGUCAACUCAAUUGCGGUUUCAGCUAUCACGUGGAUCAUCGGAUCCCUGAUCAUGGGCAUAAACAUAUACUAUCUUAUGACGAACUUCAUCCACUUGCUUCUUCACAAUCACUGGGAGCUUGUGGCAGUUGUGUUUCUGGGAAUAUUUGGAUUUUCAGGGGUGGCGAUCUAUUUGGCUGCAAUAGCAUACCUGGUAUUCCGGCCUAACAAAGAAGCAACGCACCUUCUGGCAUUAACAUCCGAAAAUCAACAUAUGGUUGACGAUGCGGGCAACACAUCAAUGUACUGUCUCCCUCGAGAAGAUAUAGUAAGCAUGCAGUUACCUCAGAGACGGCAGACAGAGGACAUUUGACUAACAGACUAUACCAGCUUAUCUACAUUGUGAAGGCAGGUUUUACUCUAGUUUUUCGUGUUUUCGUUUAGAGUAGUAGAAUAAGGGCUUUACUCGCUAGGAAGGAUAGGAAAAAGGGUACAAAUCGGAAAACCUUGCCGAUUCUAAUGUGGCUUUCUCCUGUUUGUGCAAUAUUUUGAUAAUGGAUUACACUUUCUUCUUGUUCAAAA